AUGCAUGAUCUGUAUACUGUAUGGAAAGACUCGAUUCAUAUUAAUGAAUGGAAACGAAUAACGAAAGGAAAAGUGCACAUGACAGGAUCACAAAAGAUACGAUAUAUUCGAUUGAAUCAAGUUUUCAAUAAGGCUUUAAAUCAAUCAUUGACUAAAUUAGAAAGAUGGGAUAAAUUAAGUUCAUGUUUCCCAGAGUAUUCUCAGACUGAAGAAGGUGUUUCUAAUUUGAUUAAUUGUCAAAGGCAAGUCAUUGAAUUUUGGAGAGGAUUAUGUAAGCGAGAAUUUGAUGAUAUCUUGAAGGAAAGGAAUGUUAAGGUGAAAUUGGAUGAGUUGGAUGACUUGAUUCUUGAAGCUAGAGAGUCAUUGCAAAAGCAAAUGCAUGAUAAUCAGGAUGAGAGACAUACAAAAAAUAAUGAUGAUGAUAAUAAUCACAAAAUUCUUCUCGAGGAUUUAAAACCGGAGGAACUUAUAUCUCUAAAUUUAUAUAGCCAAAGGAACAAAACAAUAUCAGAACUUAAUAAGAGAUUGAGUAAAUUGAAUGAUAUUAAUAAACAAUUAGAAGAUGAACUUGAAGCAUUACUGAAUGAAUUACAAUCCGAAUGUGAUGAAGUGAAACAAUUAUCAGAGGAUAAUCUAGGCGGAAAGAUAAUAAACGACAAACCAGACGAGAUUCUAAUGCAAGGUCUAAAUGAUAUGUUAUUAGAACUACGAGAGAAAUAUUAA